AUGGUCCGCUACGCUGCCACCCCCAACAACGAGGCCAAGUCCGCGAAGUCCCGUGGAUCCUUCCUCCGUGUUUCUUUCAAGAACACUCGUGAGACUGCUCAGGCCAUCACCCGCAUGAAGCUCUCUCGCGCCAUCGCUUUCUUGGAGAACGUUAAGCAGCAUAAGGAGGCUGUUCCCAUGAGGAGGUACUCUGGGAGUACCGGACGUUGCGCUCAAGGCAAGCAGUUCGGUGUUUCCCGCGCCCGCUGGCCCGAGAAGUCUGCCGAGUUCCUUCUCGGCCUCCUCCGCAACGCUGAGGCCAACGCCGACACCAAGGGUCUCGACACCUCCAACCUCCAGAUCUCCCACAUCCAGGUCAACCAGGCCCCCAAGCAGAGGAGGAGGACUUACCGUGCCCACGGACGUAUCAACCCCUACAUGUCAAACCCCUGCCACAUCGAGGUGAUCGUCUCUGAGGCCGAGGAGGCCGUUGCGAAGGCUGAGGACAACGCUGUCCUCCACCUGAACUCCAGGCAGAGGGGUCGCGCUCUUGGCCAGCAGAGGAGGAUUACUGCUUAA